AUGACCGUCAAGCCUCUGUUACCGCCGUCUCUCCUUCCACUCGCAAAAGGCACCCGCGUUUACCACGGCGCCCUCUCGCACUUGCCCCUCACACCGACACUUGCCAACCAUCGCCUUCCCACCCGCAGUAACGUGACGGCCGACGCCUUCCUCCGUCUGCCAUGCGAAUUAUGGCAGGUCAUCUUAUUCGAGGCACUUCGGGAUGAGCCGGGCGAGAACUUGAAACUAAUCACAACGCUGGCAUCGCUUAACUACGCAUGGGCGCUCAAGAUUCGGUUGGCGCCCAUUCUAUGGGGCAUGGCGUUUGCGUCGACAACGACCGUCGCCCAGCGUUACAUCGUGGCAUCUCUUGCGCAAUACCAGUCAUCUCGUAACUUGUCCAUUGUGGCCACGGGUCGCCCGAAGUCCUUCCGCCGUUAUUUGAACUUCGCCGCGUCUGUGACAGUAGAGGAGGAGCACGCUCGUUGGUACCACUCGAUCAGGGCGCAUGGCUUAAGCCUUAGGACGUUCGUCGCGAAAAGCCGCACAGACCAAUGGCUAAGACUUCCGAACGCCAUCCGGCUGAGGAACUUCCGCAUCAAUGGUCCCGCGCAAUGUGUGCCGACCCACCUCGACUCCUUGCGUAUAACGAAUUGGUGUGCGGACGAGGAUCUUUUCACCUUCUUGAAGAUCUGUGGCCCAAGUCUGCGGGAACUAUGGAUCGACAGCGGAUGUAUGCUUCGCAAGAACGGGACGCACGACUGUUGGCAACACCUGCUUCAGCCUCUUUCAGGUUCACGGAACCUUCAGGUCCUACUCGUCUUGGACAACGACUACGCUUCCCUGGAGACAAUCAGCGCAUAUCAGCCACUGAAGUUUCCGUCAAUACAGACGAUAGAGCUGCACUCGAUGCUCAUUGUGAGCGACGCGCCCGAGCUUGCGUGGGUCAACGUCACCAUCUCUGACAGUCUGCCCUUCCGCCAUAUGUUGCCCUGUUUCACGGGCGUCGACCGCAUCAUUGUCAACAUGCGAAGCUGGUAUGGGCAGCCACUCACCCACGACGAUACAAUGGACGGGUAUACCCACCAAUUUCCCAACCUCCGCGUUGUGGAGUGGCGAUGCAGUUCGAAUGCCGAUCUUGCGGUCUUCUUACAGAACGAUAUGUCUCCUCGUCGGCUCUUCGUCCAUCUCGAUAUUCCCUGCACACUCGCCGACGCGCCUAUCCUGAAUAGUUGGUUGCCCACAAGACGCGCUGUUGACAGGGCACUGCUGGGUCCUACGAACACCGCUCUCGACGGGAUACUGAGGCAAGCCAAAGCUCGACGCCACAAAUCGCUCACGAUCAUGAUGCGCUCAAGUUGGUGUGAGCCAGGUGCCAUAUUCGUCCUGAACGACGACGACCACGUGUCUGGUGAUCCGUCCGGAGGCUUUGCAGACGGAAUCAGCAUACAUGCCUCCAUGUCGGGUUACUCGUCACCAUCGUCAGGCGGCAUAGGCGACGUCCAGUCGCCACUGUCGGUCGUUCAUGCCUUGUCGGGAGUCGCUACUGAGCAUGUCGAGGCAGUAUACAUGCCUCUGGACCGCGAACCUGAGAUUAACCCAUAUGGAUGGGAAUCUCAGCACCCAGCUAUCGAAGCAAACGCCGAAUUGUCUUUGACGUUGUCCGAUCCGCUGCACGCAUCCGACGCACGGGACCGCGCACAGCUAUGCUGCAAUAUCCGCGCCAUGACGGCAGUUACGCAGCUCAACUUCGACUUGGACGAAGUCCGCAGGCUCAAUGGCCUUCAACUGCUUGAAACGCUCAUCGAAGACGGCAAGUUGGACCUGCGCAAUGCGAAAGAGGGUGUCACCAUGCCCAAUCUGCGAACCUUGAUUGUAAGGUAUCAUGGCGAGGACUCGUUGCCGAUGGAUGGCAAGAUCUGGCGUCAGCUUGAGGACCUGCUCUCUGUGCGGGGCUACUUGGCGGCAAACACUCGUUGUGUACCAAUGGCGCAUCUUGUGGUGGAGGGGAAUUUCUGCCAUUGCAGAACUUUCCUCCGGGACACCAUACUGAGGAAAAGGCUUCAGUCUUUGGUUGAUCUCCUCACGUUCAAUGCUCCGGCUGGCGGAUGCUCGAACUGCACGAGAUAG